GACGCAUUAGUUUAGCCGUUUAUUGAUGCUGUCGUUGUGAUAUGAUACUCUGUAAAGUGGUUGUUUAGUUUUGUUUAGUACAUCUGAUAAACAGCUCGUUUUGGUUGUUUCACUUUUAUUUUCGAUUAGUUAUUCCAGAAAUGGAUGUUUUAGACGCUGUCAGGGAGUUACAUCUAAAUCUUCUCCCUGUUGAUUGGGUAGAUCAUUUGUGGUCUAAAGAUUUUGCUGGUGAGAAAAACAUUCCUGAUGAAUAUGAUUCACAAAUGCCUAAUGUAAAUUAUUCAUUUUUAAUGGAUAAUUUGGCUGAAGCUAUUGAGGGAUGGGAUAGUGGCCACAAUAGUUCUAAUAUGGCAUUCAAAAAGUCUUGGCAUACCCUAAUCAAAAACAAUGUUGAAUAUAAAGGAUUAAUUUGCUUGAUAAGCGUAUUUCUUGACAUUGAAAAUAAGGAACCAAAAAAAGCAACUUAUGUAUUAGCUUUUAGUGCCUCAAGACUUUACAUAGCUCUACUUUCCAUACCUGGUUCUCUUGCUUGCAAUAUAUUUAAUGACACUUUGUAUGACCUUGUUCUUACGAUUUUUACUAAUUCCUUCAGUCUAAUCCCCAAAAAAAGUGCAAAUAAGAAAAACAAAAAGAAAAAACAAGAUAGAAUGGAAGAAGAUACUGAUAAAGAUGAUUCUGUCAGUGAACUUUCGGAAUGGGAUAAACAGGAUGUAUUGCAAAGACUAACUGUUAUGCUUGAUGGCUUGUCAUUAUGCUUAAGAGAGUUAUCUUUGAAAGGUGAAGACGAAUCUUUGGCUCUAACAGUUAAAACACUUGUUAAAAUGACACAAUUGGAAUGGCAAACAAAUGUUUUCCAGCAUAGUCCAAAACCCAACACAGUUGGUGAUGUUAUUUUAAAAUCGUACAAUGUAUUACAACAGCUUUGUAAUUCUGAUCAUGGUGAGGUAGAACUGACUAUUAAGACUAUCAUGAAGUUUUUUCUUCCCACCCUUGUUAUUAAUGAAGAGAAUAUUAAAAUGGCAGGAAGAAGCAAUUUUUCAUCUUAUGACAACACAAUUGUGUUUGUUAGUAGGCUCUUGGACAACUUUCAAAAAGACGCAUUGUAUGGGGUUAAAGCAGUCAUUCAACAAUUGUGUGUGAGAAUGCCUGACAAAGCAGAUAUUCGAGUCAAAGCCAUUCCCCAAGUAGUCCAGCUUUUGGGCUUUCUCCCCUAUAGUGCUUUUGAAGAUUUAAUUCUGUGGAUAGUAAGUUUGGCGCAUUCUGACUCAGUUAAAUAUCGAAUCUGUGCUAUUGAAGUUAUCGCUAAGCUUCUGAAUGUUUCGGAUAUUCCAUACUCUUCAUCAUUGGAGAACAGCUUGAAUGAUAAUGAUGUUUUGAAUAUUAGCGUAAAUUAUGGUGUUGAAAAUAGUCAAAGCAAAAGACAAAUUAAGCUUCUUUAUAAAUUUUUAGUUGGUGCUAUACUGUCUCGUUCACUUGAUGCCUCUCCCAUUUUAAGAUCUAAAUGUUUGAGUAUCUUUGGGUCAUUACUGCUUUCAGAUCACUCUGAAAUCAAGGAAAUUAUGCGAGAACUUUUUGCUACACCCCACAAAGGUUCUGGUUUAUCGAAAGCUGAAAGGUGUAAAAGCUAUUUUGAUUACCAGGAGUAUUUUAGUACUAAUACUUCUAAGUUAACUCUGCCAGUGAAUGUUUUGCCAAGUGGUCAUUCCAUCUUGUAUCACACAGAACUUUUUACUAAGGAUGAGAAAGUAUUUGUACGUAAAAAUGCAUUACAACUUAUAUGUAAUGUAAUACUUUAUAAUAAAUUUUGGCUUUCUAGUGAGAGAUUGGAGAUUCUUGUUGCUAGUAGUAGAGAUAUAUCUUUGAUGAUCAGAAAAAUGAUAGUUAAAAGUCUCACAGAUAUUUUACUUCUUUAUCCCUCUAAAGUGCUAGUUGAGUCAUGGGUUCAUGGUGUCGUGUCUUUGAUAGCUGAUAAUGAUAUGAAAUGUCAAGAAAAAGUUAUUGAUUUAGUGAAAAGUGUAAUCCUGGAAAAUUUGGCAGUUUAUGAGAAAACUGAUAGUCCACGUACUAAACUGCCAUGGGUAGUAUUAUCUACCAUUGCAUUAAUGGGCAAAAGAAUAUUAUUAAAAUUUGCAUGUAGAACAUGGUGCAUAAAUAAGAGUAUCACGAAAAAAACCUUUUUAACUCUCCAAAGUCAUAUAGGCACAGAAAAUAAUUUUGCAGCAUGGUUUUUCAUUGUUUGUCUGACAGAGUUCGAAGAUUUUCCUUCUCCAGGAUUCUUAGCUGAUUAUUUCUGGGAGAAUAUUCAUAACCAUGAAGCAGAUGAAACCCUAAGCCAGCUUGUGGUUGAAGCAGUUUUUCUUAACUGGAAGGGAUUUGACAAGAAUACACAAAAUAAGUUAUAUUUAGAACUGAAGAAAUCAUUAGAAUCUUAUUCUGUACCAUUAUUUUUAAUUUCUCGCUAUUUGGAUAUGUGUUUCCUGACGGAUAGAGACCAAACAAAAUUAUGGAGUGGACAUCUUGUGGAGGUGUGUGAAGAAUAUAUUAAGAAACAUAUUGCUCCUGGAUGUUCUAACAAGAUUGCUGAAGGAACUCUUUGUUGUUGCAUACAUACCUUAGGAGAUGCUACCCACUUUCAACCUGGAGUUUCUAGGGAAGUUAUCAAUUAUCUUGCUAAUGUUAUUGAUCCUUCUUUGGAUUUUAUUGAGGAUAACCAUGGAACAAUUGGAAAAUGGUGUGGUUUUGUUAGUGAUAAUGUAAAAGCAGUUACAAUUGUUGCACUUGGAAAAAUUUGUCUUCAAAAUCAUUUCAUUGCCAAGAAAUAUGCCACUGUUUUUGCUCAUGUUUUAAAAGAAGAUUCUAAACCAGCUGUGAAAAUCAAUGCAAUGGCAGCUCUCACUGAUCUCUGUGUAAGGUUCACAUCUGUCGUUGAAGACAACUUGGGAGAUAUGUGUGUUAUGUUAAAAGAUAAAGAUGUUCAGGUCAGAACGCAUUCUCUCAAGCUAAUUUUGCAGUUAAUACAGGAGGACUAUUUAAAACCAAAAGGAGCUCUUUUCUUCUAUUUGCUUAUCAUGCUGAGGGAUCCUGUUAUUUCAGUUAGAGAGAUAAUCCAAGCCUUUUUUACUAAUAUGUUGUUAAAAAGAAAUGGGAGUAUUAUGUGCCAUUAUUUCAUUCAGGCUAUAUUUUUCUUCAAUGAUUAUUUGGGAAGUGGCAGUUUUAAUAAACGAAGACUUUCUGCUAAAGAGAGAAUGGUUUUUGCUUUGGCUGGUGCUUCAAAUUUUUAUGACCGAGGCCAAAUUUACAAAUACAUGCUGUCUAACAUGCGGGAUGACCAUAGAUUUAAGUUAUCUAAUCGAAUUUGUUCAGAUAUUUUGGACGCAGUUACCAAAAGAAAAAUACCUCUUGACAGAAUGGGAGUUUCUAUUUUAAAGGAUGCUUUAUUUGCAUUAGCAUGUGAUGAAAUGCGUCUAGAAAAUUUAAGAAAAGUAGAUGAUGAUGCUUCUGUUAAAGAAAGCGAUGAAAUUGGUGACAUUGGUGGAGGUGAAGCUGUAUUGGGCAUAGCUAAGAAGGUCUUUAUAUCCCAGAUUGUAAAAGCCAAUUAUGUAGAAUCCAUUGUGCCCACAAUCACGAAAUUGAAACGAAUGCUUGCAGCAUUAAAAUCGCCAUUAGUUAGAGACCUAAUGAUCUGUCUUCGAGAGCUUAUGAAAGACUUUAAGAAUGAGAUAAAUGACAUAUUUCAUGCUGAUCCUGAAUUAGCAGCUGAAAUAGCAUUAGAUUUGAAAGAUGUAACUGAGGAAGAAGAUCAAUUGAGUGAUCCAUUCGCAGAAUUUAAUGUUAAGGAAGUACGUGCACGGUGUGAACAGUUGUCUGAAAUGGCCUUAUGUGAAAAAAUGGGCAUUGUUACACCAUUGAAAAAGAUGCAAUCUCAAUCCUUAUCUUUCUUAAGGCCAUCAUCUUCUGGGUUAGUUACUCAAAUUCAGCUCCCUUCUUCUAUGGGGUGUAAUUUACCUGUUCGUCUUACCCCUCCACGAGGUGUUGAUAGAAAUUCAUUUGAUCAAUAUUCAGGGUCUUGUAGCCCUUCUUCUUCAAUAUCAUCUCGGAAUUCAUCAGAGGAUUCAUCUGAAAUUCCUUUAAGUGAUUCACAUUCCAUAAGUCCUUCAUUCAGCAUGUGUAGUCAAGAAAGGAACUGUUUGGAUGAUGAGGACGAUUCUCCAAUUCUUGGGAAUUCAACUCAAGGGAAGAAGAGAACUAGUUCUGAAUUUUCAUCCCCAGGAGGAUCUGCAAUAGGUUCAGGGCCUAUAAAACCAAAAAAGAAGGUGAACCGUAGGAAGAAGAAAUAAAUUAGCUGAUGUAAUUUCUGAUUUAUUGAUAUUAUUUAUUUAUUUGUAUAUAACUUUACCUAUAUACAUAUGUACACUCAAAUAUAUAUACAUAUAAAUAAAUAAUGUAUUCUUGUAUUAUUAUUUUAUAUUGUUUCUUAAGUUUAUUUCUUGAAUUUCUGUGAUGUUUUAACAUUUUUAUCUCUUGUUAUAGAAAAAUUAUUUAGACCUAGUAUUUUAAAGUCACAAUUGUUAAGAUGAUAGUAUGUAUCCAAUGAUCCAGUUACAUGGUUGUACCCCUUACCUCAAGAAAUUUUAAGAGUUAAGCUGUAAACUUUGUUCAGCAUUAAUUAAGUGUUAAAUUAUUUAUGUGUUUAAAAUUAAUGUAUUUAGUAGUUUUAUAGUUAUCAACUAUUGACAAAUAUUAUUACGAGAGUUUAUUCUGAGACUGUGAAUUAUUAUAUUUUAUAGAAAGCUUUUUUUUUUUCAGCUUUAUGUUCUAUUCUUUUUUAUAUGUUCUAUAUUCAUGAAAAUAAAAACAAGGUGAUGUAAUCUCUUAUAAUACCCACUGUUGUUAUGUUUGAAAAAACUAAUAAAAGCACUUAAGCUUUCA